UUAAUCUCAAUCCUGCUACCUAACUCUCUUUUACUUUGACUUCAAAGAACAGUCAAAAUUGGAAGGAAAAAAAAAGUGGCAGUGAAGUUUUGCAGGCAUUUAACCUUAACCCACCAUUGAUAGUGAUAAACUGAUAAUCACCCAAAACAACAAUCAUUUCAAACAUACCCCUUUCCUUUUUAUUUGAUCCCCAACAUGCUUUUUCAUCCAUUCCUUAUAGUGCACAUAAACCAACAAAUCUCAACCUCAACAUAUUCUUAGUUGCUAUAAUCUAUUUUUCCCAAAAAACGCCAAAGCGAGUUUCUCAGUCGCAACACAACAAUGUUGGAUCCAGCCACUGAAUUGGUGCCACCACCAUCUUCACCCACUAUUUCUUCCAUUUCUUCCUCUGAUCUUGACACUGAGUCCACCGGAUCCUUCUUCCAUGACAGAAGCACCACAUUGGGGACUCUAAUGGGAGUCAACUUCCCAACCAUUGCAUUCAGAGUCCCAUCGCAGAACCGGAACCCUAAUUCUGCCGCCGAGGCAGCCGGAGGCUCAAGGAGGAUCGCCGCCGCAGCCAAGAAGAAGAAAAAGGCUACCUCCACCGUGACGGCGGCGGAGAGACGGCGGAGGUGGUGGCAGCUCUGCCGCGACGGCGAUUCUAAGCCGGCUUCGCUGGGCGAGUUUCUGGAGGUGGAGCGGCGGUUCGGCGACGGCGCGUUCUACGGCACGGCGGCGGAGCUCGAGGGGAUGGUCGCCGGCCACCAGCAGAGGAACGGCAGCAGGGUGCUAUUCGCCGAUGGGAGGGUUCUUCCGCCGCCGUCCGACGUCGACGACGGAGCUACGGCGGCGGAGAGUCUCUGCAAUAUGUUUCCGGUGUCUCUCGCCGGAAUCUGCAGCGGCGGUGCGGCUUAGUGUUGCUAUAUAAAGCUUAUUUUUAUUUCUAUUUUUUAAUAUUUAUUUUUGGAGAAAGAAAGGAAAAUUUUUGUGGUUUUAUUUUUAAUUUUAUUAAUUUUUUGGGGUUGUUUGGUUGUUAACUAAUUGGAAGAUUAGGAUUCUUUUUGUCCGUGGUUUACAUGCAAAACGCAUGCUUUUGGCUUUUGGGCCUUU